AGCUAACAUGUGACUUGCUGUGAUGACGACUAGCCACUAGCCGUUCAUGUUUAUAGUCAUCCUGUUUUAGGUUUCUAGUCCGAGUUAAUCACAUUUGUUCCGGUGUUAUGGUGAUUUAACCUCUUAAUAACGUUCAUCUUAAACCCCGUGUGGAUACGUGACGGAUGACGUGGUGAUUUUAACAUAUUAAACGCCGUGUUUACAGACAGAUAGCUAGUUAGCUUGCCAUGCUAGCAACAACGUUCCUGUGUGUUAGCCACUCAGCUAGCUGGAUAUAAACAACACUAACAGCUUUAAAGGAGAACUAAAACACUAAGUACAGGAUGUCUAUUCAGUAUGCGGAUGAGGAGCCCACGUUAAGUGGGAGUUAUGAUGCUCGGGAUUCGUUUCCUAAGAGUUUUGGUUAUGGAGUGGAGGAGGAAGGUGAUGAGGAGGAGGAGAACUCUUCAUCAGCUGACAAACCCAGGAUACUGCUGAUGGGACUGAGGAGGAGUGGCAAGUCAUCUAUUCAGAAGGUUGUAUUCCACAAGAUGUCCCCGAAUGAGACGCUGUUCCUCGAGAGCACCAACAAAAUCCACAAGGACGACAUCUCCGCCACCUCCUUUGUCAACUUCCAGAUCUGGGACUUCCCCGGCCAGGUGGACUUCUUCGACCCCUCGUUUGACAGCGAGAUGAUCUUCAACGGGACCGGCGCUCUGAUCUUCGUCAUCGAUGCUCAGGAUGACUACGUCGAGGCUCUGGGGCGGUUACAUCUCACUGUAUCCAGAGCCUACAAAGUGAAUCCACGCAUCAACUUCGAGGUGUUCAUCCAUAAAGUAGACGGUCUGUCAGACGACCACAAAAUAGAAACACAAAGGGACAUUCACCAGAGGGCCAACGAUGAUCUGGCAGACGCCAGCCUGGAGAGGCUUCACCUCAGCUUCUACCUAACCAGUAUCUACGACCACUCCAUAUUCGAGGCCUUCAGCAAAGUCGUCCAGAAGCUCCUUCCUCAGUUACCGACGUUGGAGAACCUUUUGAACAUUUUCAUUUCUCAUUCUGGGAUCGAGAAAGCCUUCCUGUUUGAUGUUGUUAGCAAGAUUUACAUCGCCACAGACAGCUCCCCCGUGGACAUGCAGUCCUACGAGCUCUGCUGCGAUAUGAUAGAUGUUGUCAUCGAUGUCUCCUGCAUUUACGGGCUGAUGGAGGACGGCAGCGGCUGUGCCUAUGACAACGAGUCUUUGGCUAUCAUCAAGCUCAACAACACCACCGUGCUUUAUUUGAAAGAGGUCACAAAGUUCCUCGCUCUCGUCUGCAUCCUCAGAGAGGAGAGCUUCGAGAGGAAAGGUUUGAUAGAGUACAACUUCCAUUGUUUCCGAAAAGCCAUCCACGAGGUGUUUGAAGUCGGCGCCUCGCCUCAAGACGUACGCUCGUCCAGCAACAACCUGAAGGGCCUAAAGUACGCAGCGGUGAACGGAAACGCCGUUUAAAGGGGCAUGAAGAUGUGCGUGAUUCCUGAAGUGCGGCACGACGUGGAGAGAUCGUAUGAAAGCCUCCUGUCAAACACAUGUUGCCUUUUACUGUGUGCAACUGAAUGUGAAUCAGUCAGAGCCGCAGCUGAUGAACUGAGCUUAUGCCAAAUGUCUAAAAAAAAAAGUGGCUCCUACUUUCUGCACAUUUAUCGGUAUUUAAAUGUCAGCUAUGUUUACCUUCUUGGCCAGUUAACUCUGUGUAUUCUGCAACAUAAAAAUACUUCUGAUCCACUUUAAAUACUUGUGAGCAAAAAGCUCCAUUGACUCGAGCUCAGACUGUAUUUCCAUGAACUAAACUUUACGGUAUAAACUUCUUUCAUGCUCCUGCACAUUUUACUUUGAAAUAUUGAGUGCUGUAAAUGGAUUUAAUCCCCAGUAUGGAAGCACAGUGUUUGUUUUACUGUGUAUUUUCUGUUGAUAAUGACUCAUGAGACCAGCGACCGGUGCUCUGCUCAGGAUCCCCGCAGACCAGCACUGUGCCAGUUACACCAUUAGAGCCUUUGGUUUGAUUUAACAGCAUGUUGGUCUUAAUGGAGUCUGGAAAUAACGGAUGAACCUGCCACGCCUGCUCACAGUCCGACUCGUUGUAGCUUGUGAUGAACGUUUUGACCAAAUUUACUCCACAGAGAUUCAGUUUGUGGCGGUUUGUGUUUUGCUUUUCUGUGCGAGCGUUGAAUAAUAUUUUCAGAGAUUUGUUUUUUAUUAUUGUACAUAAGUCUUUAAUAAAAUAUGUUUCAUAUUU